AGCACGGGCACGGCGGUUACCGCGGGCCGCGCUCACAGACCGGUCGCUGCCAUAGUCCUGCUGCCAUGGAGCCGCCCUCGCUGCCGCAGCUGGAGUCGCUCAAAUACAGCGAGCUACAGCAGGUGGCCAAGGCCGCCGGCCUCCGGGCCAACCUGAAGGCAGACAAAUUGCUGAAAGCUCUGAAGCAGCACUUUCAUGAGCCAAAACAAGAAAAUGGAAGUAAGGACUUUGGAAGGAGCGCAUCCUCCUCCUCAGACACAGAGCAACUCAGCAGUCCAGAGCAGGUCAAACCUAUUCCAGUGUCCUUUGUCACAAAAAGGCGUGGGAAAGGGAGGAAGGUAGCAACUGGAAAGAUGGCCUCCAAGGAGGAAAUUAAUACUAAUGAAGAAGAUAUGGCACUUCCUGUUGAGAAAGAGAAUUAUUCAGAAAUGACAGAAAAAGUACCCCGGGAUGGAGACAGCAAGACGCCAAAGACAAGGACAAAGACAAGCAAAAGACGCCAAACCGAGGAACCUGUAGCUAAGAACAAAGCUCCUGUGAACCCAGCGAUGCAUCCCAUGCAGAGCCAGCAAAGGGAGAAGAUGGUUUCUGCUAAACGAAAUGGAGCUGAAAAUGACACUCUUCCAGCCCAUCCUCCAGCUGGGAAGAUCCCUCGAUAUGUAGACCGUCUGUCUAAAACUGGAAAAACAGGAGUGAAACCCAUUACGCCAAAUUUCAAGAAGCUGCAUGAGGCUCACUUCGAGAAAAUGGAGUCUAUUGAUGCCUACAUUGAGAGAAAAAAUAAACUGAUUGAAAACUUCAGCAAUUCUAUCAAUGAGGUUAAGAUGUUGGCUAAAAAAGCUAACCACCCAAAGGCAUGUGAGAAAGGAACUCCACACAGCAAUUCUAAGAAACGCUCCGGCGGCAGAGUGUUUUUAUUCAGCCCACAUCCCCAAAGAGGAAGGUUCUCUACCAGUUGUACUCCAGGCAACCUGCGGCGCUCCCCACGCAUCUCUGUAGGCACCGGAAAUCUGAGUAUUUUAUCUCAGAAAUCUUUAUUCAAUCCCUCCAUUCUCUCAACAACCAAAAUGAAUGUCAGAUUCUCAGAAGCUACAAAAGAUAAUGAACACAAGCGCUCCCUUACCAAGACUCCAUCUAGAAAGUCACCAUUCUUGGAGAUUUGCACACCUGAUAGCCAGAAAAGUGGCAAACCCACAAUUAGAAAGAGCACUAAUGGAAAUGCAACAAACCAUGAGCUGACUGCAUCAAAGACCAACCCUAAUGCUGUUACACCAUUCAAGUUUGCAGCUCAGACUGCAGAACCCACAAGUACCAAGAAGCCAACAUUUGAUCUGAAAGCAAGUCUGUCAAGGCCACUUGGAUAUCAGCCACACAAAGGAAGACUGAAACCUUGGGGUGACUCAAAAGAAAACACUGUCCUGAAUAAAUCUAUGAAUAGCAGUGUCUCUUCACACACACAAGAUUACAAACAGCCACGUCUCCAGACCAGAGAAGGGAGGCGUGAGAAGCAUUUGCUGGAGAGAAAGCAGAAAAAGGCUCAGCUGCUUGGAACCCGCAGAGGACUAUCCAUGGCUUAGGAGGAAUUUAGUAAUGUCUUAAGGCCUCGCUGUAAAUACUGUUCUCAGGAAAAAUCUUUCCUACCUUUGUAAAUAUUUCUGUUUAUAUGUUUGCAUUAAACGAUGAGUCAGGUCACCUGAGUUGACUGGAUGUUACUAGCCACGUAGGGCAGGCUUUCUUAGUGCUGUUGAGCUUAACAUUGUUAGUGAUUUUACAAGUUGGAUAAAAUAUCGAAACUUUAAAUCUUUUAAUGUGUUUUAAGUAGAGCCCAGAGUAUCUCAAAUUACUUGGAGCCAUUCAUCCAGUUAGGUUUUAGAUUGGCUAGAGAUUCUUGGUUGUAAAUUUUGAACAAAAGCUUCCUCCUAAGUCAGCAGAUUCCAUAAACUAUUAGACUGAAGAGAUAGUAAGGGGGGAGGGGAGGGAAAAGAGGAAAUGUUAAAGGGAUAAUCAUGAAGCCUAUUCACACUGAGUCACUUAUCAGUUGGGCAUAUUUCUCUAGAGAUGUUAAAUAACUUCAAAAUAUGUUCCAUUAUCAAGAAAUUUAAGACACUGGGAGACUCGCUGACAAGUAGGGUAUGUGUAGUAGCAAUUAGAGCAGUUUCCUAUAUUUAAGUCCUUUGUGAAGUAAACAAUCUCUAGGAGAGGGAAAACCAUAUUAUAAGGGCUUUCUGGAGAACUAAAAGCCCUAAAUAAUGGUACCCUUUUAGAAUGAAAUAGGAAAAAAAAUAAGAAGUUAAUACAAACCUUGGUAGGUUGCUAAUCCAAUAUGUGAAGAGCAAGUCAUUAGUUUUUUGUCCCUCUCCACAUUUAUUACAGGAUAAAAUUUGGCAUAAUAGAACAAUUGUUGUCUAGCCUGAAGCAUUUACAAGAUACUUUAUUAGUAAACCAAGUUCUUUUGAAGUAUGAUAUACUUAGAGUAGAUUUAGAAAGCCUGUAGCAGCAAUAUCAGCAAUUUCCCAAAGGUGAUCUGUAAAGAAAAUCAUCUUGAUUUUUAUCAUUAGACAUCAUGGAAUAGACUGGAAGCGCAGGGGAAGGUGUGGGGGAGGAGGCACUGCAGUUGCUAUUUCAUUACAGCUCUUUGGACUUAUGAGCAAAUAUUUACAAAGUAAUAGGCUCACUUUUGUGUUUAGGUUUAACCUUUCCUGUGAUAUUUGCUGAAACAUUAGAUUCAGAAAUAGAAAAGCUUUUUAUAUAAAAUUUUAUACUGUUUAAUUGGGGAAAAUAAAUGGUUUUUUGUAUUUAA